UGCAAAGAUGUCCUCCUUGCUAAGUGCUAUAUCUCGGAGCUGGUCAACAAAAUGACUAUUUAACUAAACUCAAUCCUCUUUAUAUCAGCGCUAAUAACACCUUAUCCUUUACGAACUUCACAAACACACCCGUGAAAUGCAACUGAGGCAUCUGAAGACUCUUUUAACCCCGCAGGAGACAGCUGCCAAAGUGACAUGUCUGGCCUGGGCCCCCAACAACACCAAGUUCGCCGUGUGCACCGUUGACCGAGUGGUGCUGCUGUAUGAUGAACAGGGAGAGAAGAAAGACAAGUUCUCCACCAAACCUCUAGACUCCAAGUAUGGAAAACACAGCUAUACAGUCAAUGACAUGGUGUUCUCGCCGGACUCCACAAAGAUCGCCAUCGCCCAGUCUGACAACAUCAUCUUUGUCUACAAGAUCGGAGAGGACUGGGGGGACAAGAAAACGAUUUGCCACAAGUUUGUUCAAACGAGUGCUGUGACCUGCGUGCUUUGGCCUGCAGAACAUGCGAUUGUUUAUGGAUUGGUGGAAGGCAAGGUUCGGCUUGCCAACACUCAGACCAACAAGUCCUCAACCCAGUACAGCACCGAGUCCUGUGUUGUCUCACUGGUUUCAAAUGUUUCUGGUAAAGGCAUCCUGUCUGGCCACGCUGAUGGGACAGUCGUGCGCUACUUCUUUGAUGAUGAAGGCUCGGGGGAGUCUCAGGGUAAGCUGCUGCUGCACCCAUGCCCCCCCUACGCCCUGGCCUGGGGUACAAACAGCAUCAUGGUGGGCGGCUGUGACAAGAAGGUGGUGGCUUACAGCCGAGAGGGUCACGUCCUGCAGACCUUCGAUUACAGCCGAGACCGGACGGAGCGGGAGUUCACCGUAGCCGCCACCAGCCCGAGCGGGCAGUCCGUCGUGUUCGGCAGCUAUGACCGGCUGCGGGUGUUUAGCUGGACUCCCAGAAAAGGAGUGUGGGAUGAAGCCAAGCCCAAAGAGAUCCAAAACCUCUACACGAUCACUGCGCUGGCCUGGAAGAAAGACGGAUCACGCCUCUGUGCGGGAACACUUUGUGGAGGAGUGGAGCUGUUCGAUUGCUGCUUGCGGAGAAGCAUCUAUAAAAACAAGUUUGAGAUGACCUACGUCGGCCUGAGCCAGGUGAUGGUGAGGAACCUCAGCACAGGAACCCGUAUCGUCCUGAAGUCUUAUUACGGUUAUGAGAUCGAAGAGGUGAAGAUCAUGGGCAAAGAUCGCUACCUGGUGGCUCACACAUCUGAAACUCUACUGCUGGGAGACCUGCUGACCAACAACCUGAGCGAGGUGCCUUGGCCCGGCUCUGGAGGAAACGAAAAGUUCUUCUUUGAGAAUGAAACAGUGUGCAUGAUCUUUAACGCCGGGGAGCUGAGCCUGGUGGAGUACAGCAACAAUGAGAUCCUGGGUUCGGUCAGGACGGAGUUUAUGAACCCUCAUCUGAUCAGUGUCCGGAUAAACGAGAGGAAGCAGAGAGGAGUUGAAGACAACAAGAAGCUGGCAUAUCUGAUCGACAUAAAGACGAUCGCUAUUGUGGACUUGGCCGGGGGCUACAAUCUGGCAACCAUCAGCCACGACUCCAAGAUCGACUGGCUGGAGCUCAAUGAAACCGGACGCAAACUGCUGUUCAGGGACAAGAAGCUGCGGCUCCAUCUGUACGACAUAGAGAGCGGCGUGAAGGCCACGCUGCUGAGCUUCUGCUCCUACGUGCAGUGGGUGCCCUGCAGUGACGUGGUGGUCGCACAGAACAGGGGGAGCCUCUGCAUCUGGUACAGCAUCGACAGCCCCGAGAGCAUCACCAUGUUCCCCAUCAAGGGAGACAUUGUGGAUCUGGAACGAGCUGACGGGAAGACGGACGUGAUCGUGACAGAGGGAGUCAACACUGUGACUUACACUCUGGAUGAAGGCCUCAUUGAGUUCGGCACUGCAGUGGAUGAUGGGGAUUACGACAGGGCCACAGCAUUCCUUGAGACUCUGGAGAUGUCAUCAGAAACUGAAGCCAUGUGGAAAACACUCAGCAAGCUGGCUCUGGAGGCUCACCAGCUUCACAUAGCUGAAAGGUGUUUCGCUGCCUUGGGAGACGUCUCGACUGUACGUUUCCUCAACCAAACAAACCAGAUCGUUGACAAAGUUUCUCAGGAAAUGGGAGGAGAUGGAACCGAGUUUUUCCAGGUCCAAGCCCACGUUGCAGUGCUGGAUAAGAACUUCAAACUAGCUGAGAUGCACUACCUGGAGCAGAACGCCAUCGAUGAAGCUAUAGAGAUGUACCAGGAGCUCUACAUGUGGGACGACAGCAUUGCUGUGGCGGAAGCUAAGGGCCACGCAGAGCUGGACAGCCUCCGUGGGAACCGCUACCAGUGGUUAAUGGAGACGGGUCAGGACGAGAAAGCGGGCGAGGUGAAGGAGAGCGAGGGAGACUUUCAGGGAGCCAUCAACCUCUACCUGAAGGCCGGCCUGCCCGCUAAAGCCGCCCGCCUUGCCAUCAGCCGGCCGGAGAUCAUCAACAACAGUGACACCGUCGGCCGCAUCGCAGCCAGCCUCAUCAAGGGGGAGUUUUACGAGAGGGCAGGAGAUCUGUACGAGAAGAUCAGGAACAACCAGAGAGCUGUGGAGUGCUACGUCAAAGGAGGAGCCUUCAGGAAAGCGGUGGAGCUGGCUCGCCUCGCUUCCCCUGCUGAGGUGGUGAAACUGGAGGAGGCCUGGGGAGACUACCUCGUCCAGCAGAAACAGAUGGACGCCGCCAUCAACCACUUCAUUGAAGCCGGCUGUUCACUGAAAGCCAUCGAGGCGGCCAUCGCAGCCCGACAGUGGAAGAAGGCCGUCCACAUCCUGGAGUUACAGGAGGAUUCAGCCGCAGGGAAAUACUACCUAAAGAUAGCGCAGCACUACGCCUCGAUGCAGGAGUAUGAGGUGGCAGAGCAGCUGUUUGUGAAAGGAGGUCACAUUAAAGACGCCAUAGACAUGUACACGGCAGCAGGACGCUGGGAGGAGGCUCAUAAGUUGGCCGUGACAUGUAUGACGGAGGAGGAAGUCAUGGCUCUGUACAUCAGCAGAGCUCAGGAGCUGGAGACCGACGGCAAAUUCAAGGAUGCCGAGAGGCUGUUUGCCACCGUGAAGCAGCCCGACCACGCCAUAACCAUGUACAAGAAGAACCGGAUGUUCGAUGAUGUCAUUCGCCUGGUUGCCAAACAUCACCCUGACUUAUUGGCAGAGACCCACCUGCACCUGGCCAAGGAGUUGGAGGCUGAAUCCAGGUUCUCGGAGGCAGAGUACCACUUCAUGGAGGCCGACGAGUGGAAAUCUGCCAUCAAUAUGUACAGAGUCAACGAUAUGUGGGAGGAGGCGUACAGGGUGGCAAAGACCCAUGGCAGUGAUGCAGCCCAGAAGAAGGUGGCCUACAUGUGGGCUCGCAGUCUGGGAGGAGAGGCGGCCGUCAAGCUUCUCAACAAGUUUGGCCUCAUGGAUUACGCCAUCGAGGCGGCGUGCGUUAGCCUCUCAUUUGACUUUGCCUUCGAUUUGGCUCGUCUGUCAUGUAAAGAAAAGAUUCCAGAGAUCCACCUGAAACAUGCUCUCUACCUGGAGGACGAGGGUAAGUUUCCUGAGGCCGAGGUCGAGUUCGUCAAAGCAGGAAAACCCAAAGAAGCCGUGUGCAUGUACGUUCACAACAAAGACUGGGCCAGCGCGCAGCGGGUGGCCGAGGGACACGAUCCAGAGAGCGUGGCCGAGGUUCUGGUCGGCCAAGCCAAGUUCUGCUUUGAUCAGAAGGAUUUCCAGAAGGCUGAGGCCUUCCUGCUCCGAGCCCAGAGACCUGAAAUCGCUGUUCAAUAUUACAAGGAUGCAGAAAUGUGGAGUGAUGCCAUGCGGAUCUGUAAGGAGUAUAUCCCCAACAAGCUCUCUGUGCUGCAAGAGGAGUACGAGAGGGAGACCUCCAAGAAGGGAAUCAGGGGCGUGGAGGGUCUGCUGGAGCAGGCCAGGGAGUGGGAGCAGUCGGCUGAAUACUCUCGGGCUGUGGAGUGUUACCUGAAGGUGAAGGACGACUCCAACACCAACCUGAUGGAGAAGUGCUGGAUGAAGGCUGCAGACUUGUCCAUCAAGUUCCUCAGUAAAGAUCGAGCGGUGGAGGUCGUCCUGGUGGUCGGACCGCGACUCACGCAGCUCAGGAAGUAUAACGCUGCUGCCGAGCUCUACUUAAACAUGGAUCUCAUAAAGGAGGCCAUCGACGUCUUUAUUUCUGGCGAGGAGUGGAACAAAGCCAAGAGAGUCGCCAAGGAGCUGGAGCCCAGGUACGAGGACUACGUGGACCAGAAGUACAAAGAACACCUCAAGAACCAAGGAAAAGUCGACUCUCUGGUGGGUGUGGAUGUGGUAGCAGCUCUGGACAUGUACGCAGAGAGAGGCCAGUGGGAGAAAUGUCUGGAAACAGCCUCCAAACAGAACUUUAAAAUCCUCCAUAAAUACGUGGCUCUGUACGCCACACAACUCAUCAAAGAUGAAGACCCUCUGACGGCUCUGCAGCUCUACAUCCAGCACGGAGCGCCACCAAACCCCCAGAACUUCAACAUCUACAAGCGUCUGUUCCUGGACGUCGUCAAUCUUCCCGACACCGACACACCAGGGUGUUACCGCAUGUGGGCCGAUCUGCGCGACUUUCUGCAGCAGCUGUGUGAGAACGUGUCCCGGUCCGCAGAGGCCAACUCUCCGGCUCAUGAAGACUUUGAACAGAUGCUGCUGAUCGCUCACUACUACUCCACGAGAUCCGCCGCCAGGGGAGUCGAGCAGCUGAUCAGCGUAGCGGCCAAGCUUUCGGUGUCUCUGCUGCGCCACACCGAGAUCGUUCCUGCAGACAAAGCUUUCUACGAGGCCGGCCUGGCCUGCAGGGCUGUCGGCUGGGAGAACAUGGCCUUCAUCUUCCUCAAUCACUUCCUGGAUCUCUGUGAUGCGAUUGACGAGGGGACGCUGGACGCUCUGGAUCACUCUGACUUUAUGGACACUGACAUUCCCUUUGAGGUCCCCGUCCCCACCAAACUCUGCGUCACCGACGCCCAGCGGGAGGAGAUCCGGGACUGGGUGCUGAUGGUGUCCAUGGACAACCGGCUGGAGCAGGUUCUCCCGCGAGACGAGAGGAACUCGUACGAAGCCUCGCUGGUGGCCACUAACACGGGUCUCAGAUCUCUGCCCUGUGUGCUCACCGGUUACCCCGUGCUGAGGAAUAAGGUCGAGUUCUCGCCUGUGGGAAAAGCCGCCAACAAGGACGACUGGAAUAAAUUCCUCAUGGCCACAAAGACCUCUCACAGUCCAGAGUGUCAGGACGUCCUGAAGUUUAUCAACCAGUGGUGUGGGGGUCUGGGCGCGUCUGGAUUCUCCUUCCAAUGAUAAGACACAAGAUUUAGUUUUCCUCUUCCAUGAUUAUAAUCAAUACCUCAUAAGUGAUGUCUUCUCUUCUCUGCUCUGUUACUCAUCUGUCAUUUCAUUCACAUUCAAAUUAUUCCAGCUGUGAUAACAAAGUUUGAAAUGAACCACCAGAUGUUUGUUUGUUUUUCACAAUUUAUUUAUUUAUUAAGUCAACUCCUCAUUGACGUUCGAUUUUUGGUUUCAAAGUGUCAUCUCAUGGUGGUCAAAACAUGUUUUAAAGUCUUGUCUGUUUGUUCAGUUAUGUAACCCUUUUUAAAAUACACGUAUUCUUUAUUUAACAAAGUCACACUUUCAUUAAAAACCAAAAAAGAAUCAGAUUUGUAACGAGCCUCAUAUUUCACUGCUGCACAUAAACUCCUGAUAAAGACAUUAAACCCGUAUGAAGUCGUUCAGACAUUUCUCCAGAGACGACCUCAUGACUGAAGUUCAUUGCUGAAAGAAAUCCAAAGUGAUCUUUUAGACUUUUACAGAAUUAUUUCUGCUCCAGAAAAUCCUGAGAGACAGAUUUAAACUGACGGGUAAAAGUGACUCUUUAAUGAACACGUUCUUGCCUUUGCUGUUUUUCUCAGAGUAUCUAGUAAAGCCUUUAUGGUGUGUUUGAUAUGAAUGUAUUUUGUUGAAUAUUUAAAAAAUAAACAUAGUUUUCCAUC